AACCCAAAAUGUCAGCACCCUUAAGAAGCUCACGCACCGGAGGUUAGUGCAGGACUAUUUGUUUUAGUUUGGUUUGGUGUGGGUUUUAUCGUCAGGACAUCGCGUCCGCCAGUGUCUCAGUGAUCUACGGGGUUGUUUAGCCCCGAAGAAAACAUGUCGCUGUCCCUAGUGAAGAUGUGUUGUGAGUCUCCUCUGUUGAGGUGCGUAUCACAGCUGAAAAUGUGCAGGAGGAGAGCUCACAGUCGUAAGGCGACCUCCUACACAGUGUUGAAACACAUCUGGAUGAAUAGACCGUCCGUGUUUUCCAGCGGCUGCAGGAGACUGAGCACAAAAGCAGACAAGGACAGUGUUGACAUGUCCAAGUUUCCCGUGGACAGAAUCAGGAAUUUCUGCAUCAUUGCUCAUAUUGACCACGGGAAAAGCACGUUGGCCGACAGGCUGUUGGAAAUGACCGGUGCCAUAGCAAAGACUGAGAAGAACAAACAGGUACUGGACAAGCUUCAGGUGGAGCGAGAGAGGGGAAUAACGGUGAAGGCCCAGACGGCCUCGUUGAUUUACAGCCACCAGGGAGAGCAGUACCUCCUGAACCUCAUCGACACACCCGGCCAUGUUGACUUCAGUUACGAAGUGUCUCGCUCAAUUUCUGCAUGCCAAGGCGUCCUGUUGAUUGUUGAUGCCAAUCAGGGCAUCCAAGCGCAAACAGUAGCUAACUUCUACCUGGCUUUUGAAGCUCAGCUGGCAAUCAUCCCUGUCUUAAAUAAGAUUGACUUAAAAAAUGCAGAUCCGGAACGAGUGGAGGCACAAAUCGAAAAGGUGUUUGAUAUUCCUCGUGAAGAAUGCAUCAGGGUUUCAGCUAAACUUGGAACAAAUGUUGAAAAGGUUCUCCAAGCGAUUGUGGACAGGAUUCCACACCCCAUGGCAAGCAUCGACGACCCAUUUAAAGCCUUAGUGUUUGACUCCAAUUUCAACCACUACAGAGGAGUGGUGGCCAACAUCGCUGUGUUUGGAGGUCAGGUCAAAAAAGGGGACAAGAUCGUGUCUGCGCAUCUCCGCAAAACAUACGAGGUCAACGAGCUGGGCCUUCUCCGGCCAGAUGAGCACCCGACACAGAGGCUGCUUGCAGGCCAAGUGGGCUACAUGGUAGCAGGGAUGAAGGACGUGAAAGAAGCCCAGAUUGGCGACACUCUCUACAGCCAGGAGCAUCCAGUCGAAGCUCUUCCAGGGUUUAAACCUGCCAAAGCCAUGGUCUUUGCUGGCAUGUACCCAAUGGACCAGUCAGAAUACCCCGGCCUCCGCAGCGCCAUCGACAGGCUGACCCUGAAUGACUCAAGUGUCACAGUGCAGAAAGACAGCAGCCUGGCCCUGGGAGCGGGAUGGAGACUCGGGUUCCUGGGUCUUCUCCAUAUGGAGGUGUUCAAUCAGAGGCUGGAGCAGGAGUACAACGCCUCCGUUAUAGUCACUUCUCCCACCGUGCCGUACAAGGCUGCCCUCUCCUCACCCAAACUCAUCAAGGAACACGGUAAAGAGGAGAUAACCAUCGUGAACCCCGCUCAGUUCCCAGACAGAUCGGUCGUGUCGGAGUAUUUGGAGCCCAUGGUGCUGGGAACCAUUCUCACUCCAGACACUUACACUGGCAAGAUUAUGUCUCUGUGCUCGAAUCGCAGGGGGGUCCAGAAGAACAUGGUUUACAUUGACGACCAGCGUGUCAUGAUGAAAUAUCUCUUCCCUUUGAAUGAAAUCGUCGUGGAUUUCUAUGACCUCCUCAAGUCGCUCUCAUCCGGAUAUGCCAGCUUUGAUUACGAGAACGCAGGCUACCAGAGCGCUCCUUUGAUAAAGAUGGAUAUUCUGCUCAAUGGGCGGCCAGUGGAGGAACUCACCACGAUUGUUCACAGAGACCGCGCGUACACCACAGGGAGAGCGAUGUGUGAGCGACUGAAGGACUCCAUCCCAAGGCAGAUGUUCGAGAUCGCUGUACAGGCAGCCAUCGCAAAUAAGGUCAUCGCAAGAGAAACAAUAAAAGCAUAUAGGAAGAAUGUUCUUGCAAAAUGUUACGGAGGGGACGUAACACGGAAGAUGAAGCUGCUGAAGAAACAGGCAGAGGGUAAAAAGAAGAUGAGGCGCAUCGGCAACGUGGACGUUCCCAAAGACGUCUUCAUUAAUGUUCUGAAAAGGAAUGAAAAGUAGAAGAGAAGAAGAAAAUGAAUGCACUAAUUAGUAAUGUAUACUGUAUAUUGUAUUACGGUAUAUGGAAAAGAGGUCUUUGUUAUAUAAAGGCCCUGCUAGGUUUUCUUUGAAUAAAGUGAUGCAGACUCUG